GCUGCUGCUGGAUCACAGGCGAAUCAGAAAAUCAAUUAAGUUAUGAAAAAUAUCAUUAAUUGCCUUUCUUUGUCACCGCAGCUCAUGAAGAAAUGGCGGAUCUCCAGACGUUGUACAUUUGAGGGAAAACAUUUCACACCUAAUGGCGUGUACACGGACGAUAAAAAGCAUCUCGGUCGACAGGAAUAUUUACGUUUUUUAGAAAUACUGAAGAAUAUCUUCCAAACAUAUGAGAAUGAGCUGAUGGUUGUGGAAGUCUGCAAGAAGACAAAAAGACAAAAAAGAGAGAGGCUGACUGGAAGAUGCCAAGAAAAAAACAGCAGAAUCCACAGCCAGUCAAGUUGGAUUCUGAAGAUGGUGUAGCCAUUGAAGCCCCAGGAAACCUCACAUUAGACACAGACUUCCUUCUCGGACAAGACCUUGAGUUUGGUGAUCCUGAUCAUGACAACAAGAUUCUAGGCCUGGAAAAGUUCUCAGAAGUAGCUGCUGAGAUUGGUUUCUCUGUGUAUCCUCUGGGUGAUGAGGAGAGCCCUGCCUACGGCCAACUCAGCAUGGAAAGUGAAACAGACAACUCUCGCAGCACAACUGACAACGGGAGGGAAGACGAGGGCAGAGCAGUCCAGUCGGAGCCCAGCUUUCCUCCCUACCUGUCCUGCAGGGGCUGCGGACAGCUCCGCGAUGAACCUCUGGGACCUGGCAUAGACCUUGUCGGCCCGUAUUGCCUUAGGUGCUGCAAAGCCUCCAGGGAAGCCAAAAGUACAGACUUCUGUUCACCUUUUGGAGGCAUCAGCGGGAUUCGCUCAGGUUCCCAUUUGCAGUUUGAUGGUGAAGCGUUGGGGAAUGGGAUGGGUGACAAAGCACUGACACCUGAGGACAAAUCGCCCAAACUGCACUCGUGUCACCUCUGUGGCUUCUCCUCGCGCUACGCCAACCAUGUGAAGCGCCACAUGAAGACGCACAACGGGGAGAAGCCCUUUAACUGCCCCUUGUGCACUUACGCCUCAGCCCAGCUGGUGAACCUGCAGAGACACCUGCGCAUUCACACUGGGGAAAAACCUUACAAAUGUGACAGCUGCACUUUUGCCUGCAGUUCCCUUGGCAACCUCAAGAGGCACCAACGCAUGCAUGUGCCCUCUGCAGGGGCGGGACAGGACGCCCCACCGCGACCUGCAAGUGGCCCGAACAGUCUGAAGAGGCAUGUGACUGGGCAAAGACCAAACGGGGAAGAGCCCGGUGCUUCAGCCAAGGUUUCAGAGAUUGCAAGGCCAACGUCAAACCUGAGUUUGGGAGCCCACAACAAUGACUCCCUGUCGGUCUUCGAUGAUUUAAAGGGGGCAUCGCCACCACCCAUACCACCCUCUAACCCUGCUCCUGGCCACCAGCCUGCACCUCUGCUGCAGGCCACUGGGGGCAGCAGGGCAAACAGAGGGAGCGUAGCAGACGGACCCACACUCCCCCCUUCACUUUUUCCUUUUACCUGCCGUUUGUGCGGCAUUGUCCUGGAGGACGAGGACGGCUCCUCUGCCCAAAUUUGUGCCAAGUGUACCCUUGAAAUGCUGACUAAAGACACCUCAUCAUCUCCCAACAGCCCUGGCGAGCGCAGUGACAAGGUGUACACCUGCGCCGCCUGCCCCUUCCUCACACACUACCCAAACCACUUGGCCCGCCACAUGAAAACUCACAGUGGCGAGAAACCAUACAAGUGCCCACAGUGCGACUAUGCCUCAGCGCACUUCGACAACCUCAAGCGCCACCACAGAGUGCACACAGGCGAGAAACCUUACAAGUGCCAUUUGUGCGAUUACGCCUGCGGGAACCUGGCCAACCUGAAGCGCCACCAGCGGGUGCACUCGGGCGCCAAACCCUUCCAGUGCGCCGUGUGCAGUUACAGCUGCAACCAGAGCAUGAACCUGAAGCGGCACAUGCUGCGGCACACGGGAGAAAAGCCGUACAAAUGCCAGGAGUGCGGCUACACCACCGGCCACUGGGACAAUUACAAAAGACACCAGAAGAAACACGGCCUGGCCACAGACGGCUGGGUCAAGGUUCCAAUGACUGGCAACGACGACGAGGACGAAGCCAGGAAAGGGAUGGGAGUUGGAGUCCAAACUCACAGGAAAGAAGCAGGGGUUGAUAUGCAGUACAUGCCUCGGGAGGGAGGUCAGACAAUACACUCGUGCUACAAACUUGAGAUUGUAUAAAAUAUAACUCAGCAGAACUAAGCUACCAGCAAGUUGGUUUUUUUUUUGUUUUUCCUUUUUUUUAAUUUUCACAGAGCCUUUAUAUUGUUUUAGUGUGUGUCGGUCUUUAGUGUUUUGUCAGACGUCUUCAGAGGCUGCUAAUUGUUUAUUUGUAGAAUCUCGCACAAUUAAGAAAAAAAAAUUGUUCUCAAUAUUUUUGAUGCCUUUUGGAUUAAGUAAGGCGGACGAGGAUGUCCAUAGUUUGUCUUUUACUCUGUUACUCUGUGUUUGUGUCAAGACAAAUGGACUGUCUCUGCUGUUGAAGUCCUUUCACUGUCUCAUUCUGUAUGUCCGACCACAUUAAUAGCAACAUUUCCCUCUCACACUACAACACAUAUCAUUCUUUUUUCUAGGACACAGAACACCACCAAAUACUCCUCAAUACAUGGAACUCAUGCACAUUUUGCCUGAACUGUUGAGUUGCACUGUGUAGGGUUUUUUUUUAAAGGUUUUGUUUCCAAAAAAAAAAAAAAAUCAUUGCUUUUUUUUUUUUUUUUUUUUUUUAAAUCAAAGUCACAAGUUUAGGCCAGACAUUUUGCUUUGUACCCAAAAUCAAAUCAAAUAACAUGAAUGUAACUGAUUUCUUUCCACCCUCCCAUCACAUUUACAGGAUGGAAAUACUGAUUUAGCUUUGGUUUGAUUCAUAACAAAAUGUUAACAUUAAAUUAGGCUUAAAAUCUGCAGUGACUGACAAGUUAAUUUCCUGAGACUACACAGUGCAGCUUUAAGUAAAGAUGGGUCCUUGUAAGGUCCAGUAUUGUGCUUUCUUUGUAUUGGGGCACAAGCUCUGGUAAUGGCAUGCCUUCAGAUGAAUUUACUAAUGUAUGUGCUACUAGCAAAGUGCUACUUAAUAGUACUGGAAUUAUUUUACACUUGUUAAACUAUACUGAUUAAUUAGGUUGUGUUAACUUUACUAAAUAAUCUCCUGUGUCUUGAACUGUAUCAUCAUUUUUGCCAAACGCCUCAGGAUUUAAAAAAAAAAAAAAAAGAAGCGAUGUGGAAUGCUAAAAGGUUGGUAAAAAUAAUAAUAAUCAUUUCUAGUUAUUUUAACACUAAAAUUGCAUGCACAAGCAUUUUAGUUUUAACUUGGUUAAAGGGAAAAGCACAAUCAUACACACACAGCUGCAUUUUAGGAGGUUUAGGAUUAAGUUUGAGAGCCAAACAAAAAACCCAUCAAUACACUUCUAUUAUUAGUGAUUCAGAAGUGACAUAAAUUGUACAAUGAGCAUGUUCAAAGAAUUCCCCCCACAAAUGUGCUACAUAUCAGUAAUCUUUAAAUUUUGUUCUUUAUUAUUUUGGGGACAGACUGUUGAGUCACCUUCCUUUGGAUUACUGUUUACUAUUGACUGUGAAAUUUGCCCAUUGUGUUUUUUUUACUUGGAAAAAAAAAGAUGACACUAUUAGUAAGCAUGUGAGUGUGUAAUAGUUGUUUUAUUUUUCUAAUGUGGCUGUAAUACACUGCUAGAAGUUCUUACUUUAAUAUAUAGAAUUAGAUUUUUUUUUUAAUUUUGAAUGUGUGGUGUGUCAUUUAGUUACCAUGGGAAAAACAAUAGGGACAGUGGUUUAAACUUACUCUCUUUGUGAAUGAUUAUUAUAUGCAAGUGAGAUAUUUUUCAGGUUGCCAACUUGCCAUGACACAAUGGAGCAUUGAACCCAUUGAUUAGUACCGACAUCCCCCAAGUGUCCAUAUUUGUCCUUAUGCAGUGUCUCAUAAAUGCCUUAAGUGAGAAAUUUGAAAUAAACACAUGGGAUUCAUUUCAUUGAAUAUCAGACAGACUCAAUCUCAUUUUUUUUUUUUUUUUUUUUUUUAAAUCGUGAUGACAUUUUCACAUCCUGGCAUCAUGUUGUUGCUGCUUAGGGCAGCUACAACUGGCAUUUUUAUAAUAGC